GGCAAAGCAAAUGGCAACAAAAGAGCGUUGUAUAUGCGAAGUUUCAUCCAGAAGUCGUUAUUUUCCCUUGGAAACUUCGUACAUGCAAAUGCCUCUUCGGUUAUCAUCAUGGUGCUUAUUCUCUACUCUAUAUGCUGUUAUGGCCUACAGUUUGUUCGUAUUGAAACGGAUAUAGUUAAGCUAUGGGUGGCAAAAGGAGGACGUCUGGAUGAAGAGCUGAACUUUUUAUCACGGAUACAAGCCACCAUGAACCAUAAUGACUCGAGAGGUGGAAACGAGAUUGUUCGAGAAAAUGGUCUUGGUGGCGGUUAUCAAGUGGUAAUUCAAACCCCGGAAUUUCCUGGUCAGAACGUCCUGGAUCGAGAUCCACUGCUGAAGCAUGUUGACACCAUGAAAGAGAUUGCGAACUUUAGCAUUCAACUGCACAACGUGUAA